AUGGAUACAAUCGAAACUAUCAAAUCAAAAAUACUUCAAAGAUUAAGCGUGAAAAAUAUCGAAAUCAGAUUAUGUAGAGCGCCACAGCUCGCACAACCAUAUCGAGAGAGUUGGCUCAAUGCCACACACCUACAUGUAAAUGAAACAGUUAUGUCGUAUCGAUUAUACGAUGAAGAUGCAGCCAUCAUGGCUAAUAUUGUCUCCGAACAGAAUCUGGACGUCAAUGCUAAUUUUGAUAUAUGUGUGAAAACGCUCACUCAACUUGUGAUUUAUUUGUCUGUUUGUCAAUCAGAUACUGUGCAGAAUUUGAAAGAAAAAAUACAGGAUAAAGAAGGUAUUCCUCCCGAUCAGCAGCGUUUAAUCCUUGCGGGUGUUCAGUUGGAAGAUGGUGCAACACUAGGCGAAUAUGACAUACAAAAUGGGACAACACUUCACCUAGUACUAAGACUACGUGGCGGAAUGUUUCAUAGUACCAGUGGAAGAGCGGACUUUGAUUAUCUAUUGUAUACUAAUACAACUGUCGUUAAAAACAUUUUCAAAUUUCACCGUAACGAUACGAAACAAGCAUAUUGUCUGUCAUCGACGAAGUUGCAAGAUUUCAUUGAACAGGCACAUAGUGUUUUAGCUGAUUUAUACUAUGGAAUUGAAAAGAUUGACAUACAUAUGCCAUCUUCCGAUCUAAAGGACGACAUAUUUCUACGGAUGAAUAAUCAAGAAGAAAGCAGUGACGAUGAUAGCCAAACAGCAAAAGAGAAGAUUGCAGACUGCCGUCCGAAUGGCGCAAGUAGAAUUCACAUCGAUAUUAUGGUUGGAAAAGCGAAACUCGAAGAUCUCGCCAAUGAAGUAUUCUAUGAAAUCUUCGAAUAUCUCGAUUAUUUCCAGUCUUCUGGAAUUUUUUCGCGUCUCAAUCAACGUUUUCAAAAUCUGUUCACUCAUUCGAUUUCACCAAUCAAAAUGCAUCUUAAUGCAAUAUCAAAACCAACUUUUACAGCAUAUUACGAACACAUUAUUCUUCCAAAUGCACAUCGAAUUCAAUCCCUUCAUCUCUCCAAUCAAUUUAUCAUCAACUUAUUUCUCUCAUCUCUUUCUAUUAUUCCAAAAUUUAUUCAUCUUCAAAUAUUUGUUAUCACUUCCCUUCCAUCGACUGCUAUAGACCAGCUUUUCAGUAAUCUAUUGACCUUACCCCAUCUCUCUUCACUAAUCUUUGCUUUCGAAACUUGUCUUCGUAACCGAAAUUACUUAUACGAGCAAAUAUUUCGCCUGCCUUCGUUGAAAUAUUGUAAAUUCUCCUUACACAAAUAUCAUUAUUUGGAGCGUAUACCUUUUGCAACAAACAUAUUUAGUUCUCUCACACAUUUAAUUGUUGCCGAAGAGUUUUGCCUUGACGACAUCGUUCCUCUUCUCUCAAAUGUUCCCCAACUCCAUCAUUUAUCCAUUCGCAAACUAUCAAAACUUUAUACUUCACGAAGAAUUUCUUCAAUCAUUCCAAACCAACUAACGCAUGUCUAUUUGAAUCUUGGAGAUGUUUAUUUCGACGAUUUCGAGCCUGUGAUUAAAUUCAUUUUCCACCAUGUACAAGUGUUACACCUUAGAACACCAGCAGAUCAAUCCUAUUUGGACGCACAUCGAUGGGAAUCACUUAUACCAUCCUAUAUGCCACAUCUAAGAAUAUUCGACCUCCAACAACAUAUUUUUACAAAUACAAUCUAUGGAACGAUAUAUUUGCCACUAAUGGAGAAAUUUCAAUCCACAUUCUGGUUGGAACGACAAUGGUUUUUUGCUUAUCAUAGUAAGGAAGUGGAGAAUAGCUGUGAAAUAUACAUAUAUUCAACAAAUCCGUAUAGGAAAAGGAAAUUUACAUUAAAUUUGGAACUACGAAAAGUAACUGGUUCAACUGCGCGAGAAGAGACGGAAAUGCGAUCAGUACAACAUCUUGUGCUGCAAAACGAGAACAAAUUUGCCAAUGGGACAAAAUCUUUUCCAAACGUCACACAACUUAGUUUUGAGCAAGAAAAUCCGUUUGAAGAUGGGAUAUAUAUCUCGCCAAGUUUUCUCACAAAUUUUCUUCAUAUGGAACGAAUCAGACAACUGAAGACUUACAUUUCUUAUUGUUAUUUAAAAGAUUUAACCGAAUUGAUUCUUUCUCUACCCAAUCUUGAGAAAGUCUAUCUUUAUCACACUGGUUUCAAUGAGACAAACGCGAGCUUCUUGAAGCCGAAUGAGAUGCUCAUUCCAGUGUUUACUAAAAAUCAAAUCAAAGAUGUGACAAUUUCAAUUCAGACGUGUUCAUUUGAAGAUAUGAAGCUUUGGGUGCAUCUUUUCCCCCGAGUCGAGCGUUUGACCGUGUCAUCACCGAACAAUUAUUCGUUAGAAACUAUCGAAUAUAUAUUAUCAAAUGUCGCCGAGAAAACACCAUAUUUGCAUUUGUUAUCAUUUUACAUUCGUAACACUUCUGUGUUUGAGAAGGUGAAAAAUCUAGUUCAGUCGCAAGUGAUACCUAUUGAUUAUAUGACGCAAGACAUCGGCGCUGUUCAUUUAUGGUGGUGA